GCGGCCGCGCCGGGCGGCCGCGGCCACCGCCGCGGCGGCGCUGCUCGGGCCCGGAAGCCCUGGCCUGGCGCGGGCGCUGCAGGAGUCGCCCGCCGCGAGGAAGCUGCGGCGGGAGCUCAACGCCUGCGGAGGAGGCCGUGCGCAGCCCCGGCCAGUCGUGGUCUGUCCAGCAGCUGCUGCCGGGCAAGCGGGGGCUGCAGCUGCUGUACCCGCAGUGGAUGGAGGGGCGCUGGGGCGUGCGGGCCAAGUUCCUCGGGGCAUCCGCGCCGCUGGGGAAGCGCUUCGUGGGGCCCUCGGUCGCCGGCAGCAGGAGAAGGGCACCAUCGUCUUCGUGGCGGAUGUGGGGUUCGACCCGCCCGAGGCGUUCGAGCAGAGGUACGCCGCCUCCGAUUUGGAGGGCGGCGUCGUUGCUGACCGCGCCUUCAACGUGCCCGUGGUGCUGCGGGCGUUCUGGCCCCAGGUGGAAGAUGCACAGGCUCGGUACCGGCCGGGGGAGAACCCCACGCGGCUGACCCUGGACUACACCACGCCCAGCCGCAAGAGCGGCACGCAGGGCCUGCGGGGCGCCGAGGUCUGGCAGCGGCCGGCAUGGGGUACGGAAGGAAGGGGGGCGCAGGACGCAAACAGUGGCGAGGCGUCCUGGCUCGCCGAGUCAGGCCUGCCAAGCCAUGUUCUAAGGACCUUCUUGUGGCUUCCCACGAGCUGGGUGCACAUGGUUCACUUCUGAUUCUUCGGAAGGGGGACAGGCCCGGCUAAAGUUUGGCAGCGACCGACAUGGGUACGGAAAGAAGGACAGCGUCAGUUCCUCCCAUUUUUCCAGGGGUGCCGCUGCCCUUCCCUAGUGUUUUUUCUUUUUCAGGGCCUCCUGGGAGGCCCUCGUCACCACGGCCGGAUGCGGCUCGAGAUCCUGGUCAGAACGCACCCUUGGAGAGGUCUGGGGGACAGCGGCAUCGGUACAUCAUGGUUUCCCCAACUUUGAGCCGCGGGCGUUGCCCGUUUGUGGCAGAAGGCCGCCUGCCCAGCACGUCGGUGUUGGACCACAUUUGCUCCUGGGCAUCGUACCCACUGUUUCCGUACUCCCUGCGGGCGUGAGGUAGAGCCCCCGAAGCGCGUCAACGCGCGAUCGAGCUCUUCAUCAACAACCGCGAGGGCGGCUUCGAGACAGACGAUGCCUUCAUCUGCAGCGAAUUCUACCGCCAGUUCGCCGAGGAGACGUCGCAGGCUUACGACUACAAGACCAUCCUGGCUCUCCAGCGGACGUCCGCCGACGAGAUCCUGGCGAAGCUGCGCGUGGCUGCGUUCCUCAACCCGAACGACGCCCUCUUCUUCGACGCGGGCGACCGGGCGGUCGUUGCGUACGACUACUCCCUGCGCUUCCAGCGCCUCCCCGACGCCGCGUGAUGCCGUUGCCCUUGGCCGAGCCGGGCCGCCCCCGCCCAGUCGCUCGCGCAGAGGGUGGGCUCGCACGGCGAAAAAAGAAAA